AUGAGCGGGGCGCGGGUGGCGGCCGGGGCGAGGCCCCUCAGCUCGGCCGCCUCGGGCUCCCGGGGCGCGUCCCGCCCGCGCCCGCGCCCUCCCGACGGCCAGCAGCAGUGCGCGGGGCCGCAGCCGCCGCCGCUCGGGCUCGGCGAGGCCCAGAAGCGGAUCGUGGACCUGGAGAGGAGCCUGCAGUUCGUGCAGCAGCAGCACUCGGAGAUGCUGGUCAAGCUCCACGAGGAGAUCGAGCACCUGAAGCGGGAGAACAAGGAUCUCCACUACAAGCUAAUCAUGAACCAGAAGCCUCAGAAGAAAGGCAGUGUUUCCACAUUGAGCUUUCCAUCCAAUAAGUCCACCUCCAACUCGUCGGUGUCAGCCAACUCUCAAGGCAAGAGCAGGCCCCAGCCCAGCUGCAAGAAGCCCGAGCUGAAGUCCGAAGCCCCUCCAAAGGUGGACGUGGACGAGCAGCGGCUCAGUGCUGCCCUGUUCCACAGCAGCAAGCUGGACAGAGUCCCUGGGGCACAGGGGCAGGCCAAAGACGAGAAUGUGGAGACCUCUAAUUCGGGGGCCACCUUGGUAGGAGGCACCCAGCAUCCUGGCCGGCAAGGGAUAGGGGCAGCCCCCCUAGUGAACCUGCCCCCACACCUGCGCAAGCCUACCACAGUGCAGCAGUGUGAGGUGGUCAUCCGUCAGCUGUGGAAUACCAACCUCCUCCAGGCUCAGGAGCUUCAGCACCUCAAGUCCCUCCUGGAAGGGAACCAGAGGUCCCGAGCUGCCGCUGAGGAGGCUGUGCUGGGCUCUCCCAAGGACCAGGAGGCCAUGCAGUUCCCCAAGGUUUCCAGUAAGGGCCUCUCUAAGAAGUGCUUGAUUUUGAGCCCGAUGCCUGCGGCAGAGCGUGCCAUCCUGCCCGCGCUGAAGCAGAGCCUUAAGAGCAACUUCACCGAGCGGCAGAAGAGGCUGCAGGUGGUGCAGAGCCGGCGCCUGCACCGCUCUGUGCUGAGCCAGCGCCCGGCAGCCAGACCGCCCUCUCUCGAUGGUGGAUCACACCAACCCUACUUCUCAGCCACGCUCAACUCCAAGACAGAUAGAACCCACGACAGAUAAAGUACUUGAUCUCAGAACUGGAAAAAAGUAACUAUUUUCUGUUUUUACUAUCUCUACAUUUAUACAAAAGCAUAUUAUAAAGUAUUAGCCUAUCUGUUCACUGAAAGUAAAGUUUGUUUCUCCAA